GAAAUACUCCCUUUGUCCAGUGGAGUUUCUAUGGUUUACCUUUAAGAAGUUAGUGGUGAGUGGUGCUGCCACAGAUUUGAAGCCUCAAUAAGCCAAAAGCAGAACCCACCUGGGUCAGUCCAUCUCCAUACCAUGUUCUUCCAGGAAAUAUCCCACAAACUUUACUUACCUUUUUUGAAACUCACAUUUCACUAACUCAACAUACAGAUGAUGUGCAAGAACUUCUGAAAUCCAUCAUAUUUAUUUGAUUGUGUACGAACUUAUUUCUGGGUUUGUAUUGUGUCUCGGGUUAUUCACACAAGUGCCAGGUGUUAGAUGGACAAUUGGCAUUUUCCCAUGGCAGACUCUGAUUAGUUAUACGGCAGAAGAGAUCUGACGUUGCUGCUCUGUUGUGUAGGUCUGGGGCUUUAGGUGAAUAAGGCAUAUGCAGAAGAAUCACUAAAUCAAUGAUUGUGUGAAAGGAUGAAUGAAUGCAUAUAGGUUUAUUGCUUGAUGGCUGACCAUGCAUUGUUAUCUCGAUUUUUUAUUGCCAUUAGAAGACAAUUACAUUUGGCCCUUAAGAUAAUAUGUUUAUGAUUUCACGCAUAGCAUUAAAUUAAAUUGACCAUAACCAGAUUUUUUUUCUUUCAUUUUUUUUCAGUUGGGAAUUUACAAUUAACAAGGACAUAGAUAUGCACAUGCACAUAUUUUUAAUAUAGGAGUAAUUUGUGUCUGACUGCCUUCUUUUCUCAGCAUUACUUUUCAUUUAAAACCACAGUUGAAGUUAAUCAAGCAUAGCGGUAAAUUUAAAACCAAGUUGGAUUUUGAGUUUAGGACAAAUGCAAACCCCAUUCAUUGUUUAUCCUUACUCUGUCUUUCACCAUGCCACAGGGCAUUGUGUCUUUUUCAUAAUCAUUUUUACAUUAUAAUAUGGGUGGUGGGUGGCGAGUAGUUUGACGUUUUGUUCACCUAGUUAUUUGCCUAGGGCAGUAGAAUAAAACAUUUGUGUGGAUAAAGAGUUUCUUAGUCCAUCUGCAUCAGUACAGCCAAGAUGUCAAACUCCUCAGUUUGUUGUGCUUUUGAGUCCCCUCUUUUAGACACAGUACUACCCCCUAUACUUAUCAUGGAGUUCAUUUUUGGCAUUACAGGGAACAUUAUGGCCCUCGUCAUGUUUGCCUUUGAAAUGGAGAGCUGGAAGCCAAAUUCCAUCUACCUGGCACACCUGGCUGUGGCCGACUCAGUGCUGCUCUGCUUAAUGCCAUUCAGAGCCGAUUACUAUAUCAGGGGCAAGGACUGGAUCUUCGGAGACAUCUUCUGCCGCAUGCUGCUCUUCCUUGUGGCAGCCAACAGGGCCGCCAGCAUUUUCUUCCUCACCGCUGUGGCUGUUGACCGCUACCUUAAGAUUGUGCACCCACUACAUCGCAUAAAUCGGAUGAACCUGAAGUAUGCCAUGUGGGUCUCUGCAGGCCUUUGGGCAGUGGUGUUACUUAUGACAGGUCAGUUGCUGGGCUCACCACGCUUUUUCAGGCUCGGCAAUCACACUCAAUGUGAGAGCUUCAACAUAUGCUUGGACAACAAUCCAAGUGCAAACUGGACCAGUGCUUUCUAUGUGAUCCAGUUCUGCGUGCCAGGCAGCAUCAUCAUCUUCUGCACAGCCUGCAUUACAUGGCAGCUGAAAACAAAAACGAUGGACACCACAGGCAAGGUCAAGAGGGCUGUCCACUUCAUUUUCAUCGUUGCCGUGGUCUAUUUCCUCUGCUUCUUGCCAAGCACUGCCUCACGGGUCUCUAUUUUGAUCCUGAAGAGCUGGUACAACCAAUGUUCAGACUUCAGCGAUGCAAAUCUGGUUUUUUAUUUUUCACUUUGCUUUACCUAUUUCAAUAGUGUGCUCAACCCUCUGGUUUACUACUUUUCCACUCCUGCAUUCAGUGGGACCAUACAGAAAUUUUUCAGGAAACUCACAGGACAAAAAGAAGAGAUGGUGUCAGGGAAUAGGAGUGUGGCUACAUUAACAAGCAAUUAA